CUGCGUCUUAGAGAACACCAAACGCUUCAACAAAGUUCAUAAAAUUACUUAAGUUUAAAAUUUAAACAAUAUGACCACGUUUUUUUGUAAUGGUGAGGCGGCUUUGUAUAAGAUUGUGUUGUUGUUUUUUUGUCUUGUUCCGGCAUUUAUAAUGAAUGCCCAAGGUUUGCAUGAUCAACCUAGUGGACUUUACGGAGAAACAAAUAUCGAGCCAACUCAAUAUGACCGUUGUGAAGAUACCGAUCAAUAUUGGCAAUUUGGUAGCAAAACAGUUUACAAUUUAGAAAACACAUUUCCACAACUACCAUCCGCAUGUAACCCAAUACAAAUAUUCAUGGCAGUCCGACACGGGACAAGAGAUUCUUCUAGUAAUUAUAUUAAAAAAAUGUCAAAGUUGACCGACUUAAUAAGUAAAAUGGACAAACCGAAAAUGAACGAAAAAGACGUGGAGGACUUGAAAAAUUGGCAAAUUAACGACGACGGGACAACUGACAGAAAUUUAACCAUCCAAGGAAUCCGUGACAUGAUAGGUCUGGGAGAAAGAGUACGGGCGACGUUCAAACCUCUAUUUGAUGAGCCUUAUGAUCCGGAAAUGUAUAAAGUUAUGUCGGCACCGAAAUCUCGUUGUAUAACCAGCGCCCAGGCCUUUAUGCAAGCCGUUCUUGGAGUUGAGCACAUUGAAGACCUUUCCAAAAAUGUAGACAACCAUGUUUUACCAAACCUUUACAACUUGAAAGCCCAGUUAGGCGGAAUUGUAGACGAGUCGCAAAUUAACGAUUUCAAAAAAAGCGAUACCAUGGCAAAUGUAUUGUCCAGAGUAGCCGAAAAAAUGGGCUUAGACAAAGACGUGAUCACUUUAGAACAACUGGAAACCAUGUUCGAAUCGUGUCGUCAUGGUAGAGCUACGGACCCUAAAUCAAAUCCGGUUUGGUGCAGAGUUUUUUCAAAAGAGGACCGUAAAGUUUUGGAAUACUUGGACGAUCUCGGUUGGUACUAUUCGUUCGGUUAUGGUUGUCGGUUGCAUGAAUAUUUCGCUUGUCCCUUACUCAAGCAGCUCAACGAUAGUUUCAAAGAAAAAGCCGAUGGAAAGGGACCGAAAGGGGUGUUUCAAUUUGCCCAUCGUUCAAACAUGAUUGCUGCAGCAGUGAUGUUAGGUGUGGCAAAGGACGAGCAACGGCUGACCUACGACAACAUGGAGGAGAUGGAAGACAGGAAAUGGAAAACAUCAAAGUUGAACCCGUUCGGUGCAAACACCGCGGCUGUAUUAUACGAUUGUGGCAAUGACGAAUUGAUGGUAUCGUUUUACAUCAACGAAGUCUUAACACCCUUCGAGUUGGACAAUGGAGAUAAGUGUGAACUUUGUCCGUGGAAACUUGUCGAACAGACAUUCGAUGAAAAAAUUCGCAUUUUAAAUUGCGACUGUAAUUCUAAUUGACUUGUUUAUAAAAAAAAAAAUAAACCCUACCACU